AUGGAUCUCUCCAACGCAGCCUCGUCCUGGAUCGGAACGAUUGCGACCGCCAUAGGGCUGGGAUCGCUCAUUGCCCAGGGAAACGUGAUUCAGGAACGGAUUGAUCCCUAUUCUCCCUUUCGGGGCACGGCGGUCUUGGGUACAUGGACAAGUCGCCAAGCGUCGAAAGCGUGGUACAGCCUCCGGCCUCCUAUCCUCGUUGGCCCUGUCAUCACAGCAACUCUCGCGCAAGGCUUUUGCGGUCGGCAAUCCGUCUUUUUGUCCCGUAGGCCCGGUCCUUCGCAUGGCACCGCGUCUUGGGCUGUCGUGAUGGGCAUCUUUCACCCGCAAGCGGUGGAGCACCGUUUCGAAAUAAGCCCCAUCGCAACCCUGUUACCGGUCGCCAAACGAUCCCAAGGUCCUGAAGACGGCACGCGUCGCCAGGUUUCCGGCCAAGACGGACGGAGCGAUGUGGUGGGCACAUCCAAAGUCGCGAGCACCUGGUCAAACACCCCCACGCAACGCCUCACACUCCAUCGGUCUGCGGCCUGUGCCGCAAUCUCGCGAACGACGCUCAUCGUUAUGCUCGCAAUGACAAAUGCCCGCGAGGGCUUCCGCCAUGUCGGCGCAGCAGGCUACCGGGCCUCUUAUCCGUCGUAUGGAGGGUUGUGGACGAUCGAGUGGCCCAUUGGCGACCUGGCCAUCGUCAGGCUGUCCCCCCACGAUAUCCUGGCCGCGCCAGGGUCGGACCCCUAUCCGCCCCUGCUACACGUGCGAGUAGACUGCUGCGUAGAAAUGAUGGCAGGAAUCCUCAAGAACCGAAAAGGCCUCUGCGUAGCCUUUCCCGGCCGCAAAAGCUCAAGCGCGGUGCUUCGCUUUCAGAAGAACGGAUAUGCAGGCGCGCAUGGCAGCCGCCACUUGUACAACAUGGCAGGCGGGGUCGUGUAUCCAGUCGACCUGCUCGCUCGGAUAGACACGCCAUAUCCGUUCCCGACAACCGAGUCCGAGGGCACUGUCCACAUUGAAGUCCCCAGCCUAGAGCAGGGCAGAUCUGUGUGGAUGUCGAUACCGCCGCUGGAGAGGGGUAUCCUGGUGCAGGCCAUGGACUCGAUCCCCUGGAACACACUGUCGUGGUCCCUGCACCGUGGCAUGCGGGAUAUCAUUCUCGGCUUCGGAAAGCCGUGUAUGGAUUUGCAUCGGGCCCAGCUGGCCGACAUGCUUCGACAGACGGUGAAGGAGGAAAGCAAGACACUCGUGGCGCGAGGAUGGGCAUCUGACAUGGUUCUACAUCACAUGCCUGAUGUUGUUCAUUCGACAGUUAUGGCCGGGCGCGGCGACAGUGGUGAUGCCGUUCGAGCCGUCGUCGAUACGGCCUACCUUCUUGUUCAUGCAGCCUGCAACCUUGAUGAAACACAUUUCUGGCGAGAUGCCGAUACCGCGAGCUCUCUCGCUGAUGGGGCGCAAGAAUGGGCUGUGCUUCCACUCUCUACGGAUACAAUCGUUGCCCUGACUAAGUUUAUGGUUAUUGAAUGGAGUCAAGAGAUGGACUAUCAGAUGCUCGACUAUCAGUAUCGACGGUGUACGCUUUGGGUUCACAAGUUCAUCAUCCUUUUGAACACGAGAACGACCUCAGGUACAACGGCAGUCGAGCCGGCGGCUCUUGGCUUCAAAGUACCUCGGACCGUUCGUGAUCAGAGAGAUGGUCAGUCACAAGGGUCAACCGAGUAA